CACUCCGAGGUGGAUUGCUAUUUGAGCUUGAAUUGAGAAAGUACAGAGUACCCUAUCCUGUCCCACUCCAUUCAUGGCUGCUGACCAGAAUGAAGAGCUUCACAUUGUUAUGUUGCCAUGGUUAGCUUUCGGUCACAUGAUACCCUUUCUGGAGCUCUCUAAGAGCUUAGCACAGAGAGGUCACCGCAUAUCUUUCGUGUCCACACCCAGAAACAUAGCUACGCUCCCAAAACUUCCUCCAAACCUAGUGCCCCUCAUCAGUUUUGUGAAGCUCUCCUUACCUGACGUUGAUGGCUUGCCAGAGAACGCCGAGGCCACCUCCGACGUCUCCUACGAAAAGAUCCCUUACCUUAAAAAGGCCUUCGAUGGUUUGGAGCUACCUUUAGCUCGUAUCCUUGAGAUCUCGCCUCCAGAUUGGAUUAUUUACGAUUUUGCCCCUUACUGGUUGCCACCCAUCGCGUCUAGACUUGGCGUGCCGUGUGCCUUCUUCUAUACGUUCACCGCAGCCGCGAUUGCCUUCUUUGGGCCGCCGAGGCUGCAAGCCCCAUCAAGUGUUGAAAUCGAAUACUCGAGAACCAAACCGGAGCACUUCACUGUUCCUCCCAAGUGGGUCCCUUUCCCCUCCGAUGUGGUGUUUCGUCUCCACGAGAUUUUAAGAAUGUUUGAUAGAGUCGAUGCCAAUGCUUCCGGCGUGUCCGAUGGGUAUCGUUUCAGUUCGACGAUGAACGGAUGCAGCAUCGUGGCCGUUCGAAGCUGCAUAGAAUUCGAGGCUGAGUGGCUCCAUCUUCUCCAAGGGGGACUUUUUAAGAAACCAGUUAUUCCGGUGGGUUUAUUUCCACGUUCAGUAAAAGCUACCGGAGAUGUUGCCGAUGAUGCAGAUGAACGUUGGAUCGGAAUCAGAGAGUGGCUGGACAAACAGAAGGAAGGAUCGGUGGUUUAUAUAGCUCUCGGCAGCGAGGUAAUACCGAGUCAAGAUGAAAUGAACGAGUUGGCUCUUGGGUUGGAGCUGUCCGGGUUGCCAUUCUUUUGGGUACUUAGGAUGCCGACUGGACUAACCGGGUUUGAUUCCGUGUUGCCAUCCGGUUUUGAGCAACGAACCGGGGGUCGGGGUUUCAUUUAUCGUGGUUGGGCACCACAACUAAGGGUAUUGGCUCACCCUUCGGUUGGUUCUUUUGUGACUCACUGUGGUUUUAGUUCCAUCAUCGAAGCUUUUGCCUUGGGUUGUCCCCUUAUACUAUUGCCUCUAUUGAACGAUCAACCAUUGAAUGCUCGGCUGUUGCAAGGGAAGAAGAUCGGGUUAGAGAUUCCGAGAGACGAACGAGAUGGGUCAUUGAGUAGGGACUCAGUGGCGGAAUCACUUAGGAUUGUAAUGGUGGAGAAGGCCGAGUUGUUCAAGGCCCAAGCUAGAGAAAUGAGAAAGAUAUUCGGCGACAAAGCUCGCCAUGAUCGGUACGUAGAUGAUUUUGAUAACUACCUCAGACACCAUGGCCGCCGAUGCCCCAAGAUGACAUCUCAAGCCGGGUUUGAAACCCCGGAAUCGGUGACGAUGGGAAGCCACUAAAGGUCCAAAACAAGUCUUUACUCUAAUUCCAUACAAGGAGUGGAUGAGUCGGAACGGCCAGCCGAACCGGAAUCGAUUCUUGAAACUUUGAUCUCAAGCAAUGACAUUGUCUCCGACCACCCCUGUAGUUUUCUUUCCUUGAGUGUCUCGCGUGAAAGCCACUGAUCUAUGAUCGCCCUUCGUUUGCACCAUUUGUGAUCCACGACCACCCUCCCUUUGCAACGAGCAAAAACCCUGAUCUCAAGCAAUGACAUUGGUAGGGUGACUUAAUUAUUGGGUUUCUUUGAGCUUAUCCAGAAUUUCUGUGCCCAACACAAGGGACUGGGCUCAACCACUUGAUGGUAGGGCUGUGCUUAUAAUACAUUGUUUAUUUGGCCCCAAAUUGAUCCAAUCCUUAUUUUCUAUAA